CACAACACCUCAAAUCGCAAACCGCCAUUACAAGAGGGAUCUGGGACGCUCGCUCGCCCCAUUAUCUUCGCCAUGGCGCCCGCAGAGGAUACCAUGUUCCGGUCGGCGGACAUGAGCUUAGUGCAGCUCUACAUCGCCAAUGAAAUCGGCCGGGAGAUUGUGAACGCUCUGGGAGAGCUCGGACAGAUCCAAUUUCGGGAUCUCAAUUCCGAGACUACGGCUUUCCAACGAACUUUUACCCAGGAGAUUCGACGGUUAGAUAACAUUGAGAGACAACUGCGAUAUUUCCAGGCGCAGAUGCUGAAAGCUGAUAUCCCGGUCCGGAAGCUGGAUCUCGACAUUGAUGUUGUAGCUGCGCCUUCCGCCACCGAGAUCGAUGAGCUUGCCGACCGCACACAGAGCCUUGAGCAGCGAAUUGCAUCUCUGAAUGAUAGCUACGAGACUCUGAAGAAGAGAGAAGUGGAAUUGACAGAAUGGAGAUGGGUGCUCCGGGAGACUGGAGGGUUCUUCGAUCGGGCCCAUGGCAACGUGGAGGAGAUCCGAACGUCGACAGAGGAUGACGACGCGCCAUUGCUCCAAGACGUCGAGCAACAUCCCUCGGGUCUGAAUGGAGAUGCAGAGAGAACGUUCUCGGUUAUGAAUAUUGGGUUUGUGGCAGGUGUCAUCCCGCGGGACCGCGUGGCUGGGUUUGAGCGGAUUCUUUGGCGGACACUGCGAGGAAAUCUCUACAUGAACCAGGCUGAGAUCCCUGAACCGCUCAUCGACCCUACGAAUAACGAGUCGGUCAACAAGAAUGUCUUUGUCAUCUUCGCGCACGGGAAGGAGCUCAUCGCCAAAAUCAGGAGGAUCUCGGAGUCCAUGGGCGCGGAUUUGUACAGUGUAGACGAGAACAGCGAUCUCCGUCGUGACCAGAUACACGAAGUCAAUACCCGCCUCAGCGAUCUUGGCAGCGUAUUACGCAACACGAAGCAGACUCUUGAUGCAGAGCUCACGCAGAUUGCAAGGAGCUUGGCAGCUUGGUUGGUCAUCAUCAAGAAGGAGAAGGCAGUAUAUCAGACGCUCAACCUCUUCUCCUACGAUCAUGCGAGGAAGACCUUGAUUGCUGAGGCGUGGUGUCCAACAAAUUCCCUGCCCUUGAUCAAGUCGACCCUGCACGAUGUCAACAAUCGGGCCGGUCUCUCUGUGCCAUCAAUUAUCAACGAGAUUAGGACGAACAAGACUCCCCCAACGUAUCAGAAGACAAACAGGUUCACUGAAGGUUUCCAGACCAUCAUCAACGCCUAUGGAACCGCGAAAUAUCAGGAAGUCAACCCAGGUCUGCCAACCAUCGUUACGUUCCCCUUCUUAUUCGCUGUCAUGUUUGGUGAUUUUGGACACGGCUUUAUCAUGGCCUGUGCCGCUGCGGCCAUGAUCUAUUGGGAGAAGAGUCUCAAGAAAGUUCGCGAUGAAAUCUUCUCCAUGGCCUUCUAUGGGCGAUACAUCAUGCUUAUGAUGGGUAUCUUUUCCAUGUAUACUGGUCUUAUCUACAACGAUGUCUUCUCGAAGUCCCUCUCUUUGUUCCCAAGCGCCUGGAAAUGGGAUUUGCCAGAUAACUGGGAGGAGGGAACGACGGUUUUAGCGAAGUUGAAGGGCGAUUAUCGCUAUCCUUUUGGUCUGGACUGGAUGUGGCACGGCACCGAAAACGAUCUCUUGUUUUCCAACAGUUACAAGAUGAAGCUUAGUAUUUUGAUGGGUUGGUGCCACAUGACAUAUUCAUUGUGUCUAUCUUACAUCAACGCCCGCCAUUUCAAGACGCCCAUCGACAUCUGGGGGGUCUUCGUCCCUGGUAUGAUAUUCUUCCAGUCUAUCUUUGGAUAUCUCGUCUUCGCGAUCGUUUACAAAUGGUCCAUCGAUUGGUAUGCCAUCGGGCAGGCUCCCCCCGGACUCUUGAACAUGUUGAUCUACAUGUUCUUGUCACCUGGGACUAUCGAGGAUCCACUCUACAAGGGCCAGGCGUUUAUCCAGAUUGCGCUUCUGCUUAUUGCCCUCAUCCAGGUUCCAAUACUACUCUUCCUGAAGCCGUUCUACCUCAGAUGGGAACAUAACAGAGCUCGGGCCAAGGGAUACAGAGGUAUCGGCGAGACUUCGCGGGUCAGUGCGCUUGAUGGGGAUGAUGAGGAAGGCAAUACCUUUGAUGGCAGGCCCAGCGUAGCAAGUGACGGUGAAGGCAUUGCCAUGAUCACGCAAGGCAUCGCAGAGGAUGAAGAGCAUGAAGAAUUCGAAUUUUCCGAAGUUAUGAUCCACCAGGUCAUCCAUACGAUUGAAUUCUGUCUGAACUGUGUCUCUCACACUGCUUCCUAUCUGCGUCUGUGGGCCCUGUCCCUGGCCCAUCAACAACUCUCUGUAGUCCUCUGGACCAUGACUCUAGCCAUUGGUCUUGAAGGCACAGGAGUCAUUGGAGUUAUCGUCCUCGUCAUAACAUUCUACGCAUGGUUCUUCCUCACAAUCGCUGUAUUGGUCGUGAUGGAAGGCACCAGUGCCAUGUUGCACAGUUUGCGUCUGCACUGGGUUGAAGCGAUGAGCAAACAUUUUAUGGGAGAUGGGGUUCCCUUUGAACCCUUCUCCUUCAGUCGGAUGUUGGAGGAGGACGAAGCCGUUGCGGAGGUCUCCUAAAACUCCGACGCAUACACGGGCUGGCGCCUGCUUUAUUUCCUUACCCAUCUAUCUUGUAUGUAGUAUUGUAGCCCGACCA